AUGACCAACGGACUGGAACCGACCAUGAACCAGGCCCAGCAAGGUCUGGCCUUCCGCCAACUUGAGAUCCAUUGGAAUGGAGGGUUGAUUACAGCGUCUGUCGCCGUUUCUUUCCUGGGUGCCUUCACGACCACCCAGAUGCUGUGUCAAGCACGGUCUUCUCGAUACUUUUCAGGUGUUUUGGUCUGGACCAUAUUGGGGAGCUUGACUUUUGGCUUCUGUUCAAUCUGGAGUCUACACUUCAUCGCCAUGUUGGCGUGCGAGCUUCCUCUUCUAGUCCGGCUGAAUGUCCCGUUGACUGUCCUAAGUGCUAUUCUAGCCGUGACCUUCACGUUCCUCGCCUUCGCUUGGGUCCUGAUGCGCGAUGGAUAUCUACGCUUUUUCAGGAAGAGGAAGCCGAGGACGAUCAAGCGCGAGAGCAGAAAAGAAGUGGCAAAAAAUCUCACUGGUAGCACGGAGGCUCUCCUUGAAACGCGAGCCUCGGUGGAGUUUGAACCGGAUGAAUUCACUUUGACAGAGCACACAAAUGGGUCUAUACGUCCAUCCCUGGCUAUAGACGACAGCGGAGCAAGCAGGACCUUGGGCCCUUCGGAAGACCAUUUCGCAGGUGGUAUGUUUCCAAAUGACACUUCCACAGAAUCUCUCCAUUCGCCUCAACGGCUACUAUCACAGCUAAAUGGGACGUGGAAGCCACCCUCUUCCUACGAUGUCAAUGAAUCUUCCAUCGUAGACGAGUCUGUUGGCGAUACCGAAAGCCACCCUAGGAGUUCGGGUGACCGAGAACGAUCUCGUCGCUCCUCUUCAACAAGUUACUCAGAUGGAAGUAGUUUGAAUCUUCCAGGAUUUAUGAGCGUCAAACUCCCCAAGAGUAUUGCCAGCUCAACCACCAACGUUCUCAUCGGAGUCGUACAUGUGCUGUACCGUGGUGCGACAUGGAAAAACGUUGCGAAGGGGUUCACUUGGAGCCUAGCAAAUUCGAGUAUGCACUACGUAGGCAUCUUCGCUCUGAAGAUACCUAAGGGCCAUGUCACACUGCAACCCAUGGCAGUACUUCUCUCUGAAAUAAUCAGCUGGAUUGUAUGCACACUGGGCUGCAUCUUGAUUCCUCACGUCGAAGUCGAUCUCUCACAGCAGCUCAUUUUCUCGGCCGUCGUUGCGGCCGGUGUUGCCGGUAUGCAUUUUACUGGAAUAUGGGCGGUGACUUUCUGGUCUGAAGCGGACGAGACAACAGAACAAGGAUACCCUCCUAAUCUGGCAGUAGCCGUAACCAGCAUUGCCGUUCUGACAUGUAUGCUUGCGAAUGGCCUACUCGCACAUUCUGCCACACUGGAUCGAAAUAAGCUGGUUGAAAUCGUCCAAACGAGGAGGAAACUGUGGGCGGCUAUUGCACAAAAAGAACAUGCCGAGGCUGCUGCGGCAGCAAGAAGCGAGUUUAUCGCCAGUGCAAGUCAUGAAAUUCGAACUCCUCUACAUCAGUUACAGGGCUAUAGCGACCUCCUCUCUCGAACGACAUUGAACGACGAGGGGCGACUACUUCUUCUCGCGAUACAACAAGCUACUAGAUCGCUUUCUAUGAUUACGGCUAACGUUCUUGACUGGUCACGCUUAGAGAAGGGGGAAGCUAUAUAUCGACCGACUAGUCUAGACUUGAGAAAAGUCUGUGAAUCUAUCCUUAAUAUUUUACCUGGUAAGGACGAUGAAGUUAAUAUGGAACUAAUGAUUGUCGUGGCUCCUGAUGUUCCACAAUCCCUUUUCUUGGACGAGAUAUAUCUCCAGCGAAUCUUGAUGAAUCUACUCACUAAUGCUAUGAAGUUUACUCAAUCAGGGUAUGUGAUGCUCUUAAUAGCAACUAAGAACGAUAAUUUAGUGGUUACAAUCAGGGACUCUGGGUUUGGUAUCCCUGAGUCCUUUUUACCGCAUCUUUUUGAGCCAUUUAAACAAGCCCAGAUUAGAGGGGCUCAGAGAGGAAAUGGUCUCGGCCUCGCUAUUAUUAGGCAACUAUUACAGAAAAUAGAGGGAACCAUUACGGUAGAGAGCAACUGCCAACAAACGGAAAAUGUGGGAACGGAGAAAUGUGGCAGCACCUUUACUGUCAGGAUCCCUGCCUCAUUUCCAACGAGUGCCGAGGACAGUCUCGGCUCACUAGGAUCGAACGGUCAAUUGGCCCUGCUUCUAAACCACAAUUUUCGAUUCGCCGAAGGGUUCCAGCUGGCAUGGAAAACCUACGGAUUCGACUUGAUUCUACCUGAUCUAGGAGACGAAAUACCGGACUCCUGGAGAUACAUAUGGACCGAUUUAACAUUUCUAAGGGCACACACCAAAUUACUACACCAGAUAGUCAAGCUCCGAAACCAAUUCGUCCUUGUAUCAUAUGAUUCGCAGGCACUUUUGGAAGAUUCGUUCGGACCCAUUCCUCUGCCACAUAUCAUACCGGUCAAGAGGCCAUUUGUUUGGCAUCGAAUUGUUGAGAGUUUGACAUUGGCCGUCCGUACGGGUCGAUCGUCAAUUGGUCGAUCGGUUCGAUUUGCACCGCUGGUCGAUAUUGUACCCAACGCGGCACCGCGUCAACCGAGCGAGACGGUGCCUCUGUAUGGUCCGACCGUACUCCUUGUCGAAGACAAUAAAAUCAACCAAAGACUAGGUGUCAAAAUGCUGAGGAUGCUCGGGCACAAUUCUAUCGUGGCAGAUGAUGGUCAGGAUGCAAUCGAUAAACUCGUCGAACAUAGUCAAGAUAUUGCUCUGAUACUGAUGGAUCUGUCAAUGCCACGCAUGGACGGCAUUACGGCCACUAAGCGGAUUCGAGAGAUGGAGCAAUCAGGGCUACUUCCUCGGACCAGAUGCCCCAUCGUCAUGGUCACGGCAGAGGUCGGUCCAGAUGCGCAAGCUCUGUGUAUGUCAGCAGGGACAGACGCGUUCGUUCCAAAGCCUUUAGCCUUGUCAAAGCUCGAGAACACGCUCAAAAAGUUCCUGGGCUGA